CCACUGGUCCUGCGCGAUUUGGUGGCCGCGUGGCCCUUCCCGGUGCUCAACUUCCAGCGGCUCGUGGGGCGCCGGGAGCUGCUGCGCGAUCACCCCUGCAAGCUGUGCGUGCAGGCCGUCAUCCUGGCCGUGGUGGCGCAGCUGCGCCGAGACCUGGAGGAGCCGGGCAGGAAUUCCAGGUGGGAAUUUGGGAAUUUUGGGAUCUCGAUUUUCGCCGUCAUCCUGGCCGUGGUGGCGCAGCUGCGCCGAGACCUGGAGGAGCCAGGCAGGAGCUCCAGUCCACGCAGUGACCUCCAGUCCCCUCUGGAAAGCCUGGAAUUGGCCUUCUGCUCCCUCCUCCCCGCCGACCUGGCCUUCCUGUCGCAGAGCUCCCACGCCGCCGCCCUCAAGCGCUUGGACCUGAGCGGCCACGACUUCUCGCGGGGCCUCCUGGAGCCGCUGCGGCUGCUGCUGGAGGAGACCUCGGCCUCGCUGCUGCACCUGGAUCUGAUGGAAUGCCGCAUGGCCGACUCGCACCUGGCCGCGCUGCUGCCCACGCUGCUGCGCUGCUGCCGCCUGCGCUUCCUGGGACUCUACGGCAACUCGCUGUCCACGGCCGCGCUCAAGGAGCUGCUCCGCCAAACGCUGCCGCUGCCGGAGCUCCGCCUCGUGGUUUAYCCCUUCCCGGCCGAUUGYUACAAACCGGAGCCGCCGCGCCGCGUGCCGGGAUCGCGGAGGAUCUACGAGGAGCCCAUGGACGGCGAGCGCUUGGCGGCGUCCAGCGCCGAGAUUUCCCGGAUGCUGCGGGAAUCCGGCAGAACCGACCUGGUGUGGACUUACAACCCCUACGGACACGGAGCUCUGGACUACUUCUCCUUGUGAGCUGYGGGAAAARCUCCGAGAUUUCCAGCCYGGAAAAGCGCYGCCUCCUCCUUCCCGAAAUUCCGGCCUUUUCCCGGGAUUUUUUUCCCCCACUCUCGUUUUGGUGCUUUUCCGCCUCGUUUCAGUAUUUUUCCAGCUCGUCCCGCYGGUUCAGUAUUUUUCCGCCACAUCCCGAUAUUUUUCCUCUCAUCCCGGGAUUUUUCCGACCUCAUUUUCUAGGUUUUCCCUCAUUUUAGGGUUUUCCCGGCUCAUCCCGUUGUUUUUUCAGUAUUUUUCCGCCACAUCCCGAUAUUUUUUCUCUCAUCCCAGGAUUUUUCCCGCCUCAUUUUGGCGUUUUCCUCCCCAAUCCCAAUAUUUUCCCACCUCAUUUUUUUAG